UCCGCGAAAUGCGCAGUCUUCAAUCCCUUUACAGUCUGAAACAAAGUUGGCCGAAGGGGUAUUCGGCAAACGCAGAGAGACUUCAGCCGCUGAGCGCGACUCGGCAGCAGCCAGAGUCAGUCCGUUGGAGACUCUCAACCUCUCCUCUACCCAACAACCACAUCAAAACUACAACAGCCGCGCGUAUCAUCCAAAUACUAAAUACCUUUUCCGGACCCGGCGCAUCCACCGUUACCGCGAAAUUUAUGGACUUCACUUUCUACCGCAAAAGUUAAUGUUCUCUUCCGCCAAUGCCGUGCUUAAAUUGCUUCGGGAAUAGAAGGAAGGAAGUGGCGCCGGAGGAGGAAAACUCAAACCGGGAGAACGACGAGGACUCAGGAAAUCCGCGGAACAAAUGCGCUCUUCAGCCGGGCCACUCGUUGAUGGAUUGGAUCCGACUAGGAUCAUCCGGGAAGGAUCUGACCGGCGUCGGAGCUGCGGCCGGGAAUUUACCGGUGACGUUGGAGGAACUUCAGAAGCAUGGAAGAGAAGGAGACGCAUGGACUGCCAUCCGAGGUAACGUCUACAACAUCUCAGAAUACCUAUCAUUCCAUCCAGGAGGCGUUGAUACCAUCAUGCAAGGUGCCGGGAAGGACGCCACCGAACUGUUCGAGGAAAUUCAUCCUUGGGUGAACUUUACCUCCAUCCUGGCCAAGUGCCGAGUCGGUCCACUCGUUCAGUCGCCCAAGCACAGGGAGUCUGCGGUAUUCCGCACGUCGAAGUCGGGUUUAGGAGGUGGUAGUCUUCCAGCGAACUACGUUUCCAAAGAAAACGCGGAGAAGAUAAAGACGGAUUGGAUACAGAAAAUUGACUCGGUCACGCUGAAUUUCUACACGGGAUCCCUCUCGAAUCCUUACAUCGAGGUGAUGCCGCCUGUUCACGAUUCCCUCCACGUGAUCAUUACCAUGCCGCAAAUGGUGCACGACUUCGUGUUCCAACUGUCCCAAGAAGUCCGAUGGCCACCUCAACUCUACGUCAACUACGAUACUGGAAGGGUGGACGUCAUCUUCGAGAAAGUCAUCAAGCAGAUUUGGACUCACAUCGGCACCACCAAGACCACCGUUAAACAGUUGAAGCAUGGCUCUCAGUCGCCCAUUCUCAAGGGAUACACGUUGCUUCACAGAAAGAAACUCACUCAUAAUUGUUAUUUUCUUGAACUCGCGAGGGCCGACGGCACAGUUCACAAUUCCCCUCUAGGAAAACACGUUAAAGUCUUCAACAGUAACGAAGAGUCGCGCAGUUACACCACAGUUCCGAACAUCAUAGGAAGGAACUUCUCCACGAAAGCAAUGCAAACGCAAAACCUUUGCUUACUCAUAAAGAGCUACCCCAGAGGCGCCGUCAGCAGCUACGUCUGCUCCAGAUCCGAGGAAGACUACAUCGCAUCAACGAAUCCAAUCGGAUUGUUCGACUUGAAAACCAUAGCCAAGAAAACCGUCUUUAUAUUUUUAGUGGGAGGCACAGGCAUCACCCCCAUGAUGAACCUCAGCUUGUUCAUGCUGCAACGGCGUAGCGUUCCAUGCGACAAAGUCUUAAUCCUAUUCUUCAACUCGCAUGAAGAAGAUAUGUUCUUAAAGAAGGAACUCAAAAGCUUGGAAUCCGAAGAUCGCAGGUUCACGAUAGAGUUCAUAUUAACGCAACCGAAAAACGGAUGGAAAGGUUUGAAGGGUCGCGUAUCCGAAGAAAUGCUGCUCAUGGAGUUGUCCAAGUUACCGCAAAGGAGUAUGUCUGAAAAGUUUUUUGCGAUUUGCGGGCCCAAAGGUUUCAUGGAGAGCUGCAAUGAAAUCCUGCAGACCAAGAUGAAAGUGUCCGCCGAAGACAUAUACACGUUUCAAGGAUAACAUACUGUUACAGCAAUAAAAAGAAAACCACUUCAUUUUAAUUUACUUCAAUUUCGAUGCAGGACCAAGUGGAAAACAACGAACUUCUCGUUGCCAAAGACAUUGUUACGUUUAUUCCAGGUACAACAAUUAUUCAGGGUAUUUGUCUUCGAUUAACACGGAUUCAUCAAAGAUUAACAAACGGUUUAAUUUCUUAGAAUGCACAAAACUGAACUCGUAGAAUCUAUUGAUAAGUAUAUUCUCAUUAUUAUAGUAUCCACGCUGUUUGUAAAUCAAUAAAUCAUCAGCGCGACAAUCACUCUUUACGAACGCAUCUUAGCGAAUUUCACCAACAUUAUUGAUAAAAAAACACAUACAUUCUGCAUAAACCAAAACUUUCUUUUAUCAAAGGAAGAAAUAAUUUCUAUGCACUGCGAGGAUCAGUAAAUUCCAGUUAUUUUCAUAUUUUGUUUUGCGAAGCACUACAAACUAAACCUAUUUGUAAAUUUUGUAUAGAAUCGGUGUA